AAGGUAAAGAGGUUACAUGAGUUCAUAGGAGAGUGGUGUACACACAGUACACAGUAGGUGAUUUGAUGGUCCUCAUCACAAAAAGGAAACGACAAAUUCAAGAUGGAACAGGACUCAACGGACGGCGUCGUUAUCAAACAGGAGACUGUAGAACCAGUAGAACUAGAGAGCAGAGUCAUAGAACUGUGCCAGGAGACCCCAAAAGGUAUCACAGAUGCCCUGAUCAUGAGACACAUGCCCAUGGUGACAGCCCAGCAGAGGGCCAUGGCCAUCAACAGACUGCUGUCCACUGGCCGCAUCGAUGUGUUAAAAGGAACUGGUGGGCUGAUCUACAGGUUGAAAGAUACCCAAGGAACAAAUGUUAUAAAAGGUGCUGACAACCAAGAGAAGCUGGUGUACCAGAUCAUCACUGAUGCUGGAAAUAAGGGGAUCUGGAUCAGGGACAUAAGGUACAGGUGUAACAUCAUGAUUACACAACUCAACAAAAUCCUCAGGAACCUAGAGAGCAAGAAACUUAUCAAGUCUGUCAAGUCAGUGGCUGCCUCCAAGAAGAAAGUUUACAUGCUGUUCAACCUAGAGCCUGACCAGUCCGUGACUGGGGGUGCCUGGUUUAGUGACCAGGACUUUGAGUCUGAGUUUGUAGAGGUUUUGAACCAGCAGUGCUUCAAGUUUUUGCAGCAAAAGGCCACUACUGCUAAAGAAGCAAAACAGGGACCCAUCGCACAGAGAAAUGCCUCAUAUGCUUCCUCCAAGGAGGUCUGUAAGUUUAUCACAGAGCUGGGCAUCAGUAAGGUCCAGCUGUCAGUUGCAGAUAUAGAGACCAUACUGAACACCCUGAUCUAUGAUGGGAAGGUAGAGAUGACAGUUGUGGCGAGCCAGAGUAGCUCCGUGGAGGACAGUCAGACCAAACUGUUCAGAGCCGUGGCACCGAUCAUGCAGCCUGCAGGCCUGAUGAGAAUACCAUGUGGGGUCUGUCCAGUGUUUGAUAGAUGCCAUGAAGGCGGUGCCGUGUCCCCGUCCACCUGUGUGUACAUGAAGGACUGGCUGGAGUUCUGACACAGGUCUGCCUUUGUGGAGAGAGUAGAUGGCAGACUGAUGAAUAAACGUUGCAGUAACACAACUUUACAGACCAGAUGGACAUGGCUGCCUGGUUACCACAAGUUUUAUGUUCCCAAGAAAAUACCCAUGAAAGCAGGGCUUAGGACAGAAAAGAUAGUCUUUAGAUAUGUAGAAAACAUAAAUAGAUCCGUAUAGUUGCCUCAUUAUCCUCUGUUUAUUUUGUUUCAUCCAGAAAUGAAACAUAAACCAUAGCCACCAUGGUGUAGCUCAAGAGAGCUAUUGCUUUUGACUGUACAUCUAGUCUAAUAGUAGGAUAUUGAUCAAUAAAGUUUC